UCAUCGACUCAACAUGAGCAAUCAUCCGAGUGAAGCUUUCUCCCUUGAAUUUAGCCUUGUUUUAUUUGCUUGUUUGUUUAGUUCAUUAAUUGAAAACUACGUUUCUACUGCUAGAUAAUUUGUAGUUUGCUUAAGUAAGGACAUAGACCGACCGGGUUUGAUAAUUCAAAAAAUACUUGCUCUAUACUACCCCAUUUGAAAGUUCCACUUGGCAUUCGAUUAGAAGUGUAGUUAGAACUGGGUCGGAAGAGCUGAGAUUCGGUACCAUUUGGGGUCAGCCAACAACAUGAUAUUUAGAUUGGAAGAGGUCCUGGGAGAUUGGGAAUGGAUAGAUAUUUUUUAGGUCGGGCGGGUCAAGUGGUGGUCGGGUCACGUGUUGUGUUGGGAUAUCUAAUGUAGCGGGUCAACCUUUAAUUUUUUCGGGUUAAAUUGGGUAACUACGGACUAGCUGUUUCUGUUAGCCAUGUAAAGUCUGACGCAAGGUAACGACCAAUAACCAAACUUGGACUAUUCAACUAAUUUCAGUGACCACAAAUAGAAUAAAAAUAGUUGAGUGGCAAAUGAAACAAAUUAACAACCUCACCAAAAUGGCAAUGUAUUCCUUUUUAGUGAGAAAUAGUAUCCAUAUAUCAUUUAAUUUAUAAUAAUCCACAUAUUCAUUUAUGUUUUUCCAAACAAUAAAUUCUCACCCAUUCUUAAUACACCAUUUUCGGAUUCAAAAGUUUCAGAGGAUUUAAAUUUCAAAUCUAAAUAAUUGAUUGGAGGACCUUUUAGACAGAGUGCAAAGCUCAUAGUCAUUGUAACUUGCAUUACAAUCUACCUUAAUUUCAACAAAAUGCUCUUCCCUUUUCAUUAAACAAAAACAAAGCUCCCUAUAAAAAGCUUUCGACCACCCAGCAAGCAUAGAACAUUAAUCAGCGCCACCAAACCUGUUCUCCCACUCCAACCAUUGAUUCCUCUCCCAACUGAUAACCCCAAAUCCAAACCCUAUAAAAUCUCACACCCUCAAUUCCUUCCAUCCCAAGAAACCAAACCAGCCAUGGAGGCAACACACCUUCUCUACGAAGCAGCCAUGCAAGGCCGUGUGGAAACCUUAACCACCUUACUCUCCAAAGACCCUCUCCUCCUCCACAGAACCUCCUCAACCCCUCCUUACUCCUCCGAAACGCCUCUCCACGUGUCGGCCUUAUCGGGCCACCUCGCCUUCACCACCGCCCUUCUAGCCCGCAACCCUAACUUGGCCUCCAAGCUAGACUCCUCCAAGAGGUCUCCCCUCCACUUUGCAGCCGCCGAGGGCCACGCCGAGAUCGUAAAAGCUCUGCUGAUUGCCGAUAAGGAGGCUUGCCUUGUACGAGAUGAUGACGGCAGGAUUCCUCUUCACCUGGCCGCCGUCGGAGGCCACGUGGAGGCUAUCCGUGAGCUGGUGAGUUCUGUAAAGUCUGUGGUGAUCAUGGAGCUGGAUGUUGGCGGGGAUUCGUCCCUCCAUUUGUGCCUACAGUACAACCAUUUGAAAGCAUUGAAGGUUUUGGUGGAGGUUUUAAGUAAUGAUGGUGAUGCUGAUUUGAUUAACUUGCGGAACAAUGAUGGGAAUACUGUCCUGCAUCUUGCUGUCAUGUUCAAGCGACUAGAGACAAUAAAGUACUUGAUCUCUCUGCCUACUCUGAACCUCAACAUAUCCAACAAAUGUGGCCUCACACCACUUGACAUCCUAGAGCUGAGUCCCAAGCACUUCAAAACCCCUGAAGUUCGCGACAUCCUAAUCCAAUCAGGUGCAACAACAACGAGAACUACGAAAAACAUCGACAAAACACCAUCACCACCGCGGACAAUCGAAUCACAAUCCAACAAGAACAAAUGGUCGCCGUCAGUUAAAGCAGCAGCAGCAACAGGAAGGAAAAAGACUCUAAUGUCAUGGCUCUACGUGCUCUUGAACUGCCUCGAGUACCACCACCUGUGGGUCAACGAACAGCGUGACGGGCUGAUGAUCGUAGCUACUGUGAUAGCCACGGUAACGUACCAAUCGGGCAUCAACCCGCCAGGCGGCGUCUGGCAACAGGACGCCAAAGAGCCAGACUACUGCAGUAAAAUGUCGGUUCACAAGCAUUGCGAGGCAGGGUUGGCAGUUUUAGCCUACACUUACCCGAAAGAGUACAACGACUUCGUGCGUUACAACACGAUCGCGUUUGCUGCUUCCGCUGCAGUUAUCCUGCUGAUCUUGGGAGGGAUCCCUCUUCGGCACCAGUUCUGUGUGGUUGUUGACGCAGACUAUGUUCUUGGCGCUGACGUUCAUGGGCGGUGCUUAUAUGACCGGGCUGUAUAACGUUACACUGGACAAUGUGGUGGAUAACUUCAAUGACAUUUCCCAUAUUGUGCUCGUGGCUUGGUUUCUGUUGUUUGGCGCGGUGGCAUUCUUCGAUACAACGAGGUUUUCGUAUACAGUGGGCAAGAAGAUGGUGCAGAAGUACUGCAACAAGAGCUCGUCGUCAUCUUUAAAUAAGUUCGACAAAGGCAG